UUAGUCUGGCACCAUGCAGUUGUUGUUGUGACGGCAGAUCGAGUGGUCACUAUGUGGUUACAAUAUGUUCUGUGACAUAAAAAUGCUGUUUGCGAUCCUCCUGCCGAUAUCAUUAGUGGCUUCGCAAGAGCCAUGCCCGACAUGUGUACGAGGCAACGGAACGUGUUACAACGUAUCAUAUGUUUUCGAUAUAGACGCACCAUUCCGAAAUCGCGUAGUUAUCCACAAAUUAGCGCUAUUAAGAUCCAGCAACACCCUAUUUUACAGUUUCGAGCCGAGAAUCACCGACCCGGAGUAUUACAAAGUGGGCUCUAUAAAUAUUGAUGAUCCCACAAACAGCUCAGUCGUUUCUGUCGGCAAAAUCAUGAAUUUCGGUACAUUUGAUCUCGACCAGGACAACGGAUUGGUUUACUUGGGUGGCGGUGAUGGCAUAUACGUCCUAGAUACUAAGGUUGACAAAGUUGCACCAUACAGCUCCCGCGGUGAUACAGUACUUAGUCUCUUUUACAAGGGAAAUGUUUAUUUCGUUACGUAUGGAGACUCCAGAGUUGUUAAGAAGAAAGGUGACAAUUUCGAAGUUAUCGUUGAACAUACUAUGCCAGUGAAAACGUUUGUCGUCAAUAAAGACUAUGUUACUGUAUGUCUGAGUACUUAUGGCCUCUUUGCAAGUAAGAAAGAUGAAAUUGUUUGGUUGAGUUACAACCCAUACUUUCGUGGAAUAGCAAUUGAUCGACACGACGCGAUAUACACUUGGUGGUUGGACGGAAUAUAUAAGGUUAUUAUAGAGAAGAAUUUAUCUGAAUCUAGGAUCGUCAAGGUGGUCUAUAUUGAUGACGUUGGGUCGCUUACCUUUGAUUUGGAUAAUAAUUUCAUAUUUACAUCCGGUAAAAGUCUGUACAGGCUGAAUGAUUUGAAUAUUACUUGUGAUGGAAGUGAGAAGAAAAAGAAAAUAAGGAUUUGAUUUUAUUGAUUAAUGUAUGAUUAAGAUAUUGAUUAAGACGGUACAAAUUUGUUUUUUACUUUUAUGCGAUUAUUUUUGUUUAUAAACAUAAUUACGCAUUAUUUUAAAA